AUCCUUAAAAAUUUCCCCCAAAAUUGAAUGGACAGUUAGGUGUGGGAGAUAAUUUCCGAGAAGCCAUCAGAGCCAAGCCAGAGAGAGAGAGAGCCAGAGUUCCUCUUCUCUCUCCAGCAUUCUGAUCGGUUUCCUUCUAGUGAGAGAGAGAGUGUGUGAAGGGAAUUUCCAUGGAUCAGAUUUUGAACAAGGCCGGAUCCUACUGGUUCAACCAGAAGGCCACCAAGGAGCUCUCCUCCGUCGGGGAUGACAUCAACUCAUUGCAAAGCAGUGUCGAAGGAGGAGCCAAAUGGUUGGUUAAUAAACUCAAAGGGAAAAUGCAAAAGCCGUUGCCUGAGCUUCUAAAGGAUUUUGACUUGGCAAUAGGAAUCUUUCCUCGUGAUGCUACCAACUAUGAGUUUAAUGAGGAGACUGGGAAACUUACCGUCUACAUACCGACUGUCUGUGAAGUGGGCUACAGAGAUUCAUCUGUUCUGCGUUUUUUCACCACUGUAACUGGAUAUUUGAAGAAAGGAAGGCUAGAAGACAUACAGGGGAUGAAGACUAAGGUGCUUAUAUGGGUAAAUGUGUCAUGCAUCACAUCAGAGCGAUCGAAGCUCCAUUUCACAGCUGGGUUGAAGAGAAGUAGGAGUAGAGAGGCUUAUGAGGUUCAAAGAGACGGAAUUACUGUUGAAAAGUUUUAACAAGGUCAAAAUGCUCAUAAGUUAUUAUCGUGUAUUUUAGUUUGUAGAUCUUUUCGACCAUUUGGCUUGUAUGAAUUCUGGUUUAAUCAACUCUUGUUUGUUUCAUGUGGACGUAGAACGGUUUGAUGUAGUUAAUAUUUCAUCUUUUGUAUGGUUGUAGAAUGUUUCCGGGUUUUAUGUAUCGUAUUGGGAAUUUGCUUCGAACAUAUCAACUUAAAUCAUUUGUGUA